AUGGAGAAGGGAACGGGUAGAGGGAGAAGUGGUCGAGGUUAUUUGUCAGAAGCGGGUGCCUCAUUAAUUGACCAGAAAUUGCAUCUAAAUGUGGUGCCAAAAACUGGCAUUGUGUGCUUGGCAGCACCGACAUUUAACUAUGGACGCAUAGAUCGGGCUAAAGCACGAACCAAAGAACGUAUAAGGACGCGUUAUCCAGAUUUAGGCAAACAUUUCCAUCGUAUUGGACUUCCGUUAAAGGUUGGAAGUUUCCAAUUAUUUGUUAGUGGUUAUCAGGAUGCGACAUAUUGGCUUCACCAGUGGGAAGCCAAUCCGGAAACAGCACCACCACCAAAUGUCGAAAAACAACUUCAGGUGCAAUUUGAAAAGAUGGUUGUGUUAGACUACAUUAUUCGCAACACAGAUAGGGGAAAUGAUAAUUGGUUGAUCAAGUAUGAACCACCAACUGUAGCUCCAGUUCCACAGGAUCCAAAACCAUCUACAACGCAGGAAGAAGUUUCAGUUGAAAAGGGUGAACGAUUGGAUCUUUCAGUUGUUGAUGAGACCAAAAAAGUUGACACAGAUUCUUUAAUUAAAGCGAGUGAAAAAGUUGAAGAAUUUGGUGGAAAAAUUUUGAUAGCUGCUAUUGAUAAUGGUUUGGCAUUUCCGAUUAAGCAUCCCGACGAAUGGAGAACCUAUCCGUACCGUUGGGCCUGGUUACCAAUGGCAAAAAAACAAUUUAGUGAGGAGACCAUAAGACUUGUUUUGCCAUUCUUAGAAAACACAAAUUUUGUUAAAGAACUAUGUAACGAUUUACGAAAAAUUUUCGAGGAGGACCGUGGAUUUGAUAAAAAAAUGUUUGAACAUCAAUUGAAUGUUAUGCGUGGACAAAUGUUCAAUUUAAAAGAAGCAUUAAAGCAACGGAAGUCGCCUGCACAGUUGGUUCAGGUGAUCAUGCCGCCGCAGUUAAUGGUGGAAAUUAAGAAGAAAACGAAGUCGAAGAGACGUCGAACAACAUCGGUAUUUCAAGAAAGGUCUCAAGUUCGAACUCCUAUUAUACCAGCGGGCGAAGAUAGUGCUCCGGAAAUGCCUGUAUCGCCAACUAUAUCAUCAUGUCGAGAAUCAUUUAUUCCUAGUGGAAGAUCGUGGUCGGAAGCCUACCAACAAAAGUUCCAGACUCGCUCAGCAUUUUUCACCUGGUGUUAA